AUGCGACCACAGACCACAGCGAUGAUGAGUUAUGACGUCGGCGAGGGGUUUGUCUGGGCGGGUGAAAGCCGCCUGCAGUACAGUAGAGCUACCCAUGUUGGCACCUCUCACAAGUACUACCUAGGUACACACCACCAUGUAUCCAAUAACACGGUAAUUGCGCCGCGUCCGUCGCGUCCUCAAGCCUAUCCACGUCCAGAGGACCCCUUCAAUUCGACCUUGGCUCAACAGAACCGCAUUCUAGUACCAACAAACACCCUCGCUCGCGUCAACAAGACCAUGUCCGACUCGGACCAAAACUUGCCCUCCGAGGCCGCCAUCGCCACCAAAUUACGCGACAUCGUCAUUGCCAUCCACAAGUCAGGCAACACGGAUGAUUUGACCGUCAAGCGCGUACGGGCGCGCGCCGAAAAGGAGCUGGGCUUGGACGACGGCUUUUUCAAAACGAAUCCAGUCUGGAAGCAGAAGAGCCAGGAGCAAAUCGUCGAAGCUGUCGAAAAGUACUGCGACGCCGACCCUUCACCACAACCGACACCCAAGAAAGCCGCUUCGAACCCCAAAACGAAGCCCGCCGAGAAGAAAACCAAGGCGGCUACUGCGAGCGCUCGCGGCGUGAAGCGCAAGGCGGCUCCUGCAAAGAAACCAGCCAAACGACAAAAGCCCUCUUCAGACGAUGAUUCCGAGCCCGAGCUGUCAGAGCCUCCUGCUGAAAUAUCGGCGGAAGAGAGCGAUUCGCCGAAGAAGCCUGUGCGACGUGGAAAGCAGAUUGUGACAGAAGACUCAGAUGAGGAUAAUGAUGAUGUGUCCAAGGCUGCGCCCGAUCCAAGCGUACCUGCUACCGACGAGGAAAGCGGCGUAGAGCGCGUAGCCCCAGAAAAGAAAGCAAAGACCGAGGCUGUGGACUCGGACAGCGACCUCUCCAGCGUCAUCGACGAAGAGCCCGUGAAGAAGCAGCGCAAGAAGAAGGACUCGGCCCCUGCAGCGAAAAAAGCGUCGAAACCCAAGGCCACCCAAGCCAAAACGGCCGACGAUCCCGACCAAGCCAAGAUCAAAGAGCUACAAGGCUGGCUCGUAAAGUGCGGCAUUCGCAAGGUCUGGUCUAGAGACCCAGAGCUCUCAAAAUGCAACACGGCCAAGGAGAAGAUUGUUGUGCUGAGGAACAUGCUCAAGGACGUGGGCAUGGAAGGCAAGUUCUCGGUGGAAAAAGCUGCCAAGAUCAAGGAGCAGCGCGAGUUUGCAAAGGAUCUCGAGGCCAUUCAGGAAGGCGAGAUGGCCUGGGGGAAGACGUCCGAGGUCACGAGUACGGGGCGGCCGAGUCGAAGGGCUGCUGCAAGGCCAGUACCCGUACAGAAGAUUGUGCUGGAGGAGGAUAGCGAGGAGGAUACAGAGGGAGGAGGUGGGGCUGACGAGUCGAGUGAGGAUGACGAUGUCCAUCCCGAUUCGGACGAGGAGAGCGAGGGCAAAGACGAUGAUAGCGGAGCAGAUGAUUCGGACUAG